UUGAGAUUCGCAGGUCGUGAUUUUUGUUUUGUGAUUUGGGAUCUCCGUGUUCUCGUUCCGGGACUGAAAAAUUCGUCACGCGUAAGUGCCAUGGAAGUGGAUGAUGUGGCGACGGGUGGUCUUUCACCCAAAGAGCAGAAAAACAAGUCGGACCAAAUGUGGGAAACACUUACGACGACCUUCGCGGAAAAUGUCCGCAACAGAAGUUCGCACCUGGAGCAGAUUUUGUGCAUGAUCAAGGACAACCUAACGUACGACGAUCCGGGGCUGUUUCCGUCCUACUUGAUCCACCAGGACGACGAGCGGGAACAGGUCAAGGCGCACAACUUUUGGCUGCUCAAUCAGCUGAUUCAGAUUUCUGCGAUGCCGGAUUAUUUCAACAUUAAGAAAAGUAACACCGAUCUGCAGCAGACGAUCCUCGCUGCCAGCUACCUGAAACAGCUGUGGUUCUUCUACGAAGCCGGCAGCAAGUAUCUGGAGAUGCUCGAGCAGCUCAACCAGAUCGGUCCGGCGGAUUCGGAAGUGAACGUCCAGCUUAAAACAUUCCACAUGCCAGACAGUGUCUUCCGCAGGAUUGAGUGUUCCUGCGUGAUCGAACCGAUUGUCGUACCGGACGUGCCUACGAAGAUAAAGCUGAUUGAGAACAGUCUGCACAUCCUAAGCCAGUUGGUCAGUCUGGAGGACGAGCAGGCGAAUCGACCGUUUCGGGAGCGAUGCGCGAGCUCUGUUUUGAACACGCUCACCCAUGGAUCACUGAACGAAAAGUCUCUCUGUUUACUGUUCUUUGUAAAGUAUUUCAAAAAAGUAGCUGAAUUUACUCCAGAUCUCGAACGGUUGGUUCUAGAAGUCCUAAUUGUCGUCGAUGUCACCCUCGAACGUUCGGACCGAUGGCUUCGUAGCGAAAUAAUCAAACCCAAAGCGCUGGAGAAAUUCAAAUCUACACUGAUGAGCUUCUACGCUCGAGUCAACGGAAUCUCGUUCAACAAUUCCUGCACCGAGAAUCGUAAAAAGAUGGUUUCCUGCUCGAUUCGGAUUGUCAAAACGCUGCUCACGACGAAGAAGGACACCGGGGGAUCGAUGCUGGAUCUGCUUGAGCAGAUCAAACGAUUUCUCCGAAUACUUUUGAACCAGGACGAAUCACUCGCGGUUGAAGAUGAACUCAGCGAUGUUCUGCAGAUUGCGCGCAAGUUUCCUGAACUUUUACACAUUCUGGAAGUUCCGAUCACCAACGAGCUGAUCGCUUCCGGCGAUAGCAACGAAACUGACGUUCGCCAGCUGAGUCACAUCUGGAAGAAUGUGUACGAGAUUUCGGAGGACCAAAAGUUGAGCAAUUCCCAGAAGGUUGUCAUCAAACAGAAAACGAUUCGGAUCGCCUUCAACGUGAAUCACAACAUAUCGCUCUGGAUGCAGAAGCAGAUUCCGGCGUCGGCUAACAAGCUGUCUUUUUUCGGCGGAUGUUUGGCCGACCUUCUGCAGCAGCUGUUUGAGGACGUCCAAAAGUCUCCGUUGUCAAUUGAAGCCGUUCUAGCCGUGCUCGACAUUUGCUUCGAUGUGGCGUAUUUGAACGAUUUUUCUGCGUUUGAAGGCAACCUGCAGAAGCGCAUUUGCGAGUGGUUUCUGGUUCCAUUCAAAAAUGACCUGUCCUCGUCGGAGUUCACCUUGAGUGAGGAAUUGAGCAAGGUAUUCGAUGAGAUCUCGAAGUCAGAUCAAAACAUUGCCAUUUUGAAGACCCAAUCGCUGACUCAAAUGUGCACUUUGAGCUGCGAAAGCAUUCCAGAAGCAAUAGCUUCCAACUUCAAGAACGCACUGUGGAAUAUCAUAGCCGGGAUUGUCUCAUCAGAAGACGGCGAUCUCAAACGGGUGCUGCACUCAUCCUACCGGAAUCUCCUACUCUCUUCCAAAUACCCAGCAAACCAACUCGCCCAACAGAUCCUUCUUCCCGCUCUCUACUGCCCCGAUCUUUCCGUCUACGCAGCGUGCAACCUUGGCGUUCACUUCUGCCUGAACGACGGCAACUACCAGCUAAACCAGGUAAAAGACAACAUCACUCCGAUCAAGCGAAAGAUCCGCUGUUUCAUCUGCAAACCCGCAGCUACCGAUCGCGGCUGCGAGAUCGUCAGCACCCAGUCGACCACCGUCUCAGGACGUUGCGAACUGUUUGCGCAAAAUGACGGCCUCGCUGCACGGUACUCAGUGACCACGGAGUUCAGCCUGCCGGAGGCGGAUAUUGCCCGACUCUUCGCGUCGAAAGAUCCCGAAAGCCAACGGAUGAUCGCAAGUUUGCUGCCGGUGUUGUUCAAGCACAAGGGCGGAGUGUUGUGCGAGAACGAAGAUCUGGUCCAAGCCUGGAGCGAUCUGAUCAUGUGUCCGACCAUUGAGGUUAGCAUGUCCUUCACAAAGACGCUGCAAGUGAUCAUGGAAUCGUUGAAGGAAUCUCCAUUGGCCACAAAGCAAAAGGAGAAAAUCAUCCAAACCUGCUUGGAAAAGCUACUCAAAGCCGUCCAACAAUGUCUUCAAAAGUCCGACUACAGCUAUCAAUCCGCCGUCCUGCAAAUGGUCGUCAGUUUCGCCACCGGCCAGGGAAUGACCGAGGAACGCCUUCUAGUCUGCAUCCGGAUGAUGCUCUUCUUCCUAAUGUCUCGCGAGUCCGAACUCACCCGGGAGGCAGCACUCGCUGUCGGGGACAUGUGUGGCCAGCACGGAGUCUCGCCGCGGGACAUGCUCAACUGGUACAGACACGACAUCGUGAAGCUGAUGGUUGCGAUUGGUGCCGUGAACUACAUCCUGCACGAGCUUCCGCUGCACAAGUCGCUAUUUCACGUCAGCAAAACAUUCCAGUUUGGAGGCUCGGUCGAGUUCGUCAGCAAGCAUUACAAGAUCGUUCUUGCCAUGUUGCUUCCUUGGUGUGUUAAGCGACCGGCCUGCGAGAAUCUUCUUCAGGAGAUCGCCAACAUGAUCCGCAAGGACAAGAUCGUCGUCCUGUCCGCUUCAUUCCUCACUAUUUAUCCGUACCUGUUUAUGAAUGAGUCUACCGCGAUCACCAACCAGUGCAUCGAUUACAUUAUGACACACACGGGCAAUACGCUGGUCCACCUGCUGCAUUCCGAUAUCAAGAAAACCGUUUCGGAAAUCCUGAUCUUCUACCACGUUAACCCGGAGUGUGUUCUGCACGCGUUCCGCAGCUUGCUGACUAAAGAUGACUCGCAGGAAAUCACCACAACACAGAUGGCCGAGUACAUCUCGAACCGGUUCCUGGGAGUUCUGACUUCGUUCGAAGCGCUACUUAUCAACCCGGAAACGGAAAAGACACUUAAACGCGAGACGAUCCUCAGCCUGGGUGAGAUCAUCCGAUUGCUCGGUGGUCAUCUGAUCGCCCCAUUUCGGUUCAAGAUCAUCGCGUUGUUGAAGACCACGCUGGCGAUCGAGGAGCUGAACCUGAAGGACGCUUGUAUCAAGGUUUGGCGCAUUUUCAUCUGUACGGUUGACGUGCAGCAGCUGGGUCCUCUGCUCGGAACGAUCUUCGUUUCGCUGGAACAGUUCAUCGACCAGUAUCCGGAGGACAUCAACUUUAUUUUUGAAUACCUGGUCGUGCAGAACAACGCGCUGCUAAGUCAGUACAUAAAGGACUUAUUCUUCCUGGAGGAGACCAAGGUCGAUCGACAGAUCAAGAAGAUCGUAUCCGCUCAAACCAAGAGCGUUCGCAGCCGGGAACAGUUCUUGGAAAGGUUCAACGCUCUGAUCACGCACAUCAAUCACGAAAAUCUGUCGGUUCGUGUGUACGGUCUAAAGUAUCUGAAAGAGUUGUUUUCCUACCAUCGCGAACAGCUGAACGAAGCCCUCAUAGGUCACUCGAUCCUACCGGAAGUUCCGAACCUGCUGAACAAUCUCAUGAAGAGCUGCAGCGACAUUGACACAAACUACCGCCUAAAGUCGGCCGAGUGCAUCGGAGAGUUGGGUGCCCUUGCUCCGAGCUACCUUCCACCCAAGUACGCCCCGCAGGAACGUUUCGCGCUCAACAUUCACUCGGACUCGUUCGCGAUCAUGGCGUUGGCCGAGCUUUGCCGGGCGUAUCAGUUCAAGAAGGAAACCAAGUUUGUGGACAACUUUUCGCUCGCCAUUCAGGAGAUCCUGAACGAUCAAGGCGUCUCGCCAAAGACCGGCAAAAAGAUCGAGGUUUGGGAGGCGAUCCCGGAAAGGCUGCGACCGAUCAUGGAACCUCUGCUCACCUCCUCCUACACCGGAUUGAUCCGGACGGCCGCGGUUGAGUGCCAUCCGAUUUUCGGCAGCGUCAAAGGACAAACCUGCCACGAGUGGUCUUACCUGUGGGCAUCGCAGCUGAUCGAGAAAUUGGAUAAGAAAGACUCGCAGAAUCUGCUGGGGUCGUUCCGACCGAGCAUACGCUGCGACUUCAGCACGAUGACCAUGUUCCUGCCGUACAUUCUGCUGCACGCGCUGCAGGGCAGUUCCGAGGACAAGCGGAAAAAGAUCACCGAAGAGUUGCAGUACGUGUUCGAUGCGGUCAUGAACAACAACAACCCGGAAGCGCAGUCGGACAAUCCGGAACAACAAGAUUACUACGUGCGAUCCGUUCGAACGAUGCAGUUUGUGGCGAAGGAACGGAAGGCGCAGGAAGAAGACGUCGCGUCCGACAUGUCGUUUGAGUGCGCCAAGCUGGCAUUCCGACUGUUGGACUUCCUGGAGAAGUGGAAACGCCAGUGGCGGAAGGUCCACACGUUGAACGAUGCUUCCAAGUCGGAUUACAUCAACGUGGAUAACUUCCUCAAGCAGUUCAACCACGAGCUGAUGGCCAACAUCAACUACACGUGCAAGGAGUACGCGCGAUCGUUGAUGUAUUUGGAGACGUUCAUCGAAGAGAACCCGUCGCAGCUGCAAAAUCACCUGUCAAUGCUCGCUCACAUUUUUACCCAUCUCAACGAUCCCGACUCCGUCGAAGGUGUCAUGUGCCUGAAGACAGCGGAACCGACGCUACCGGAGCAGAUCCUGCUGCACAACGCCACCGGAAGGUUACAUCAAACGGCGGCAUGUUACGAGCGGAUGCUUCAGGUUGGCGAAGUGAAGCCGACUGACAUUCACAACAUUGUCGAGGUUUAUCUGAGGUUGGAUCAACCGAAAACGGCGUUGCUUCUUUCGGAGAGUUUGCUGAAUCAGUUUAGCGAGAGCAAUGUGGACGCCAUGUUGCAGGAGAUCAAGGCAGAGCCGCUGUACAAGCUGGGGAGAUUUGAAGAGUUGGAAGAGCUGCUCGAGUCGCCUCAGAUUCAGCAAAGCGACAGUUGGGGUGUAAUUUGUGGUUCGAUGCUGGUCAGCUAUAGGAAGAACGAUCAUGCUCUUUUCGUGGAGAAACUCGAGCAAGCUAGGCUUGCCGUGCUACGGAUCUUGCAUAGCUCCGACCUUUCGAUCAGUGCGUACGAAAAGGGUUACGAACAGGUCUUGAAGCUGCACAUGAUCGCGGAAUUUGAAAAGUGCGAACAACUGGUGGACAACAUGCGAUCGAAUGGGCUAACCCGCUGCGUAACCGAGAUCAAGCAGCUGAUCGAGAACUUUGAAGCGCGGCUACAGUUGCUACAACCGAACGCCGCGACCGUUGAACCGAUCAUCAGUCUUCGUCGGAUUUUACUCAACGAAACCAAAUCACUGCUCAACGGUUUCGCACCGGAUAUCAGCAAGAAGGAAAUCAACGAAACGAUCGACAAUCACAUCGGCGAACUGUGGAUGAAGAGUACGGAGUUGGCCUCGAGAGCAAAACUGUACGAACAGGCCCACUUGUACAUUCUGCACGCGGAAAGUUACAAACCCAAAGGACUGUUUAUCAAAAAGGCAAAACUUCUGUGGGAGAAACGCGACACCGCGAACGUGUUCAACAUUUUGCAUCGUGGCCUGGCGGAGAUUCUGGAAAAGUCGAACCUAACCGACCCGAAGCUGCUGCCGAAGGAAGAUCGCCUGAUCUACGCCGAAGGCAAACUCUUGAUCGCCAUCUACAACGCCGACGCGUCGAACGUCUCGGCCAGUGUCAACACGCGAUGCUUCAAGGAUGCGGUCCAAGCCCAUCAAGAAUGCGAGGUCAGCUUGGUUCACAUGGCGCAGUAUCUGGACAAGCUGUACGCUAACUUUAGCAGCGAUGACCAGGACUCGCCGAAAGGUUGGGAACUGCUGCAGGACGUGUUGACCUACUACGGAAAGUCGAUGAUGCACGGAUCGACCUGCAUCUACCAAUCGAUGCCACGAAUGCUUAGUGUUUGGUUCGAUUUUUCAUCCAAAACCGUCAACAACGACAACUUCAAGAAAUAUUCCACCAACAUAAACAAACUGGCGCUCCGGUUCAGUGAAAACCUUUCGCCGUACUUCUUCUUUACCGCCUUCUCCCAACUAAUCAGCCGCGUAGCUCACCCGUCCGUUGAAGUGUACCACGUCCUAAAGUCCAUCAUCAUCAAGCUCAUCCUAAACUACCCCCAGCAAUCGCUCUGGAUGCUGCUGAGCGUGUACAAAAGUUCGUACGCAAAUCGCGUCAAGCGAUGCCACGAGAUAUUCAACGACAAACAGCUCGCCAAGACCUCCAUCCAGAAGAUGAUCAGCGAUUUCAACGCGCUGGCGGAGCGAUUCAUCGAACUUACCAACAAAGACAUCAAGACGCCACGGGACGUCGCGGUGACGGUUUCGUCGCUGGUGAAGACCCUGCCGAAGCUGUUUAACGAUGAAAAGCUGUCUAAGAUCAUGAUGCCCAUCCAAAAGUGUAUGCAGCUGGUGCUGGACAAGAGCUCGGCGACGUUCGCUCCAUACCCGAUGAACGAGGUGUACAUCCACGGGAUACGGGAAGAGGUCACCGUUAUGCAAUCUUUGCAAAAACCGCGCAGAAUCACGCUGAUUGGAAGUGACGGUCGCGAUUACAUGAUGAUGAUGAAACCCAAAGACGACCUGCGCAAGGACUUUCGGCUGAUGGAGUUCAACGCCGUGGUGAAACAAUACCUGCACCAAGAUCCGGAAGCCAAGCAUCGGCGGCUUAAAAUUCGUACCUACGCGGUGCUUCCGCUGAACGAAGAGUGCGGCAUUAUCGAGUGGGUGGAGAACGUGAGUACGCUGCGCAGUAUCAUCUAUACGUACUACAAGCAACGUGGCGUCGGAAUGCACGCAAGGGAACUCCGCGAGUACAACUUUAAGCGACAAGAUUCGCUACAGAAAAAGAGGGAGGCGUUUGACAACGUCCUGUUGGCUCGCCAUCCGCCGGUGUUUGGCGAAUGGUUCCGCGAUCGGUUCUCAAACCCGCACAACUGGUUCCAAGCGCGUAGCUCGUACAUCCGUACUACCGCUGUGAUCUCCAUCGUCGGCUACAUCCUGGGGCUUGGUGAUCGUCACGGUGAAAACAUUAUGCUGGACGCCACAAACGGAGACACCGUCCACGUGGACUUUAACUGUCUCUUCAACAAGGGCGAAACGUUUGAAAUUCCAGAAAUGGUGCCAUUCCGCCUCACGCACAACAUGGUCAAAGCGAUGGGGCCGCUCGGUGCCGAAGGCCUUUUCCGCAAGUGUUGCGAAAUUACGCUGCGGGUGCUGCAGAACCAAACGCCCACGCUGAUGUCCGUGCUGAAGCCGUUCGUGUACGAUCCGUUGGUGUCGUGGAGUAAGAUCACCAAACACGACGGAACGACCGAGCGGACCGAUCCGCAAGCGAUGAACAACGUCAAGCACAUCGAGGAGCGGCUGAAGGGUUACGUGAGGACGCACGGCAAGAUUUGUCACUUGCCGAUUUCGAUCGAGGGCCAGGUUAAUCACUUGAUAAGCGAAGCUACAAACAAGGACAACCUGGCGCAAAUGUUCAUCGGCUGGACUGCCUAUAUGUAAGUUUUUAACACUUGUUUAAUUGUUCCGUAAUUCAAUCGAAUACACCGAGUAAGUUAGAAAUCUUUAAAAAUCUUAAUUUGGAUCCGAAAUUGUCCGUUGUUUCUCCUGUUUUGAAUUGUUAGUUA